AUGCACGGGGGAGGCAUGAUCUUUGUGCCUCCCACGGCGCAGUUGCAGCUCCGCUGCCUCAAGCUGCCCUCUUCUUCUCGCAAAGUCGUCGGCGCGCACCCUUCCCAGCUGGACAGCAGACGGAGCACAUUCUUCUUGGCAGCGCUCAUCAGAUCGUGUACAGUCUACUCGCUCGCUCGGAGCGCUCAAGGCCGUAUUGGUCGGUGGUGCGAAGCGGCGGGUCCCGGAAAAAAGCACCAGAAUUUGGCAGAGAAUCAUUUGCGCAUCUCCCUUGGACGGCGCAUCACCAUCAUCGAGCGAGAUCUCGGUCCUAUCUUGGUAGCGAGGCGGCAGAUUGCAAACCCAUCUAACCCAUCCCUGCGCGCCCAAGCCCAGCCCUUCCGCUCCGCUUACACAGAACCCAUCUAUCCCUCCAUCCCUUUCGCGGCUACAUUCACCCCCUCGCCUUGGGUGUUCACGUCCACUUACACGGCGCUAGUCUUCCUCAUUCAGAAGAGCGAGGUCACUGGGUACGUUGACCUUACACCCCGCCCAGCGGUGGUGAUCUCCCCGAUGUCCAAUUACCCUUGCAUGAUUGGCAUGUCCCCCUCCAAAGACAACAACAUAACAACAAUCUUGAAUUAA